AUGCCUGCUGUGACGAGAGCAAAGACAGGAAAACUUCCUGUCCGGCGAAAAGUCAGCGAGGCCGAUUCAGACGCUAAUGAUAGUCGACUCACCUCACCGGAGACGGACGUUGAGGCCAAAACUGACUCUACUUCGCUCGAUGAUCAAGGUAGACAUUUGGACCCAAAGAGGUCAUCAACGCCGCCUCCGGCCAAACGAGCGAAGACACGGGGCGCGGGGGCCAAAGCCACGACGAAGAAACAGAGCACUGGCCUUUCUAGGCGGAAGAAAGGCCGUUUGAGCGUACUCCCCACUCUAUCACUAGACAUUCUUUUCGAGAUAUUCAGCCACCUCGCGCCUGCCGAUCUCCUCCAUCUUUCGCGUGUCUCCAAAUCAUUUCGCCAAACCCUGCUGGUUAAAAGCCGUGCUAGUCUUUGGAAGCAGUCUUGGGAAAAUUAUGACCUCCCAGGCGUUCCCCCACCCUGUCCGGACGGUUGGUCCGAACCUGCCUGGAUCGGUCUGCUCUUUGGAGGGCCCUUCUGCCAGGCGUGCGGAGCCAAGACUGCUAACGAGAUUGAUUUCUGGCAUCGUCGCCGAGCAUGCAGUCCGUGUCUGUCAGCAAGCCUCAUCCGCGAAGACGAGGCGGUCAAACUUGUAUCGGAUUCCGAGUGGCUCGUCUAUGUGCCCAGGGCCAGCGUGUACCCGCGGAACUCGAAAGGCGUACUGCUACGUGAUGAAUGGUUCCUCACAAAGGACGUACUUGAUUUAAAAUCCCAAAUAAUUACCCUCACCGAGGGCCUCCAGCCUGCAGAAAAAGAAGAAAAACUGGAGUCUUUCGAUGACAACCAGGCCCAGUCGUAUGAGGAUCUGAUGACACAUGUGGACAUGUGCGAGAGGUGGACCCGUAAUCUGCGAAGCGCACGAGCAUUAGCCAUUUACUCGAAGAAGGAAGAGCGACGUACGGAAGUCGAGCAGCGAUGCGUGGCUAAGGGAUAUACAGCCGCCGAUUUCGCCUCAGUUGCCUCGCACCGCGAAAUACGGAAGCUUCGGGGCGAUAAUCCCGUAUCCGACCGAGUCUUUGCUCGAAUAUUCCCACAUCUUCAAGAGGGACUCGAGAGUGCUAAGUCCAAGAGACUGUGGCGCGAGCGUGUCGACCGCAAGGAGCGUCGCGCCGAGCUCGUACAUGCACAGUAUGCUGAGUAUUGGACGAAGCUCCAUCCACACGGUUUGAUGUUUAUGCCAAAAAAGGCUGACUUUGACAAGCUUGGACGGAUUGGGCCUCUCCUCGAAGACGACUUGGAACCCGACGACGAAUUUAACGCUCGCGUGCAGCAAGCGAUCCAGGACUCGGUUGAGGAAAUCAAAGCGAGGGCAGUCAGGCUCAAGACAUUGGUCCUCUCCUCUCUACCCCCGGCCACACUUACCGAUUCCGCACCGGGCUCUCCCUUCGAUAUACCGCGAGAGUUGAAGCUAGCGAAGAAUGUUUACACUCGCAAUCUGGGCACUGAUGCUCUUUAUGGGCCGGAGAUUUUCACGGCUCGUUUUAAUUACGAUGAUUGCGACGUUCCGUCUCUCAACGCGUCUGCUCAGGCCAUGGUCCUCGAGCUCCUCAAACUGCUUGGUCUGGAUCCCGACACAACUACAACGGCGGAUCUGUAUCACUUAGAUCCACGGCUUCUAGAUCAUCUUGUGGAAAUGGAUCUCAAGAAAGAUCCCGACCACUGCGUCCAUGCUUGCAAAGUCUCGAAAGGGGAAGAACGACGUCGGGUCGAUAAUGCAUGGUCGUGCGGAACAAGCUGGGGCUGUUCACACUGCACAGUGCACUAUACAGCGCUCCCGUAUUACUCGCCCAAACCUUCGCUUGAUAUGGUGAGAUGGGUGCGUCUCGAAGAAGUCAAACUGCACCUCCUGAAAACACAUGGGAUAGACAAACCACGCCAAGAGCUUGACUUCUACUAUGAUCCA